UGGCGGCCGCGGUGUGAAGACCGGCAAGCCGUUCGCGAUUCCACUACACAGAAUAUCCCUGCUGUGGCCGACGAGACCCGAGGCGCAUGGCGACUUCAGGCCCCGAGAGAACACCAGAAGGAGAUACCAUGGGGCAAACAGUAAAUGAAGAUGAUUUCCAUUGGGACGAUUACUUGAAAGAGACUGAAUCUUUAAGGGCUCCUUCAGAGUGUUUCAGACAGGCCAAAAUUCCACCGGCUAAUGACUUCGAAGUUGGUAUGAAAUUGGAAGCCCAUGAUCCUCGCAAUAUGACUUCAAUAUGCAUCGCUACAGUUGUUGGAAUUACUGGCGCUAGACUAUGUUUGAGAUUGGAUGGUAGUGAUAACAGAAAUGACUUUUGGAAACUUGUCGAUUCUCCAGACAUACAGCCAGUUGGAACAUGUGAAAAGGAAGGGCACUUACUUCAGCCUCCACUAGGGUACCAGAUGAAUCCGUCAUCUUGGCCAAUGUUCGUUUUACGAACUCUGAAGGGAUGUAAAAUGGCUCCUGCAGCAUUAUUUAAGGAGGAACCACCAAAGCCACCUCUAAAUAAUUUUAAAGUGGGAAUGAAAUUGGAAGCUGCAGACAGAAAGAACCCUUAUAUGAUUGGCCCUGCAACUGUUGGAAAAGUUAAAGGAGAUGAAAUUUAUAUCACAUUUGAUGGCUGGAGUAAGGGUUUUGAUUAUUGGUGCAAGUAUUACUGUCGAGAUAUUUUCCCAGUAGGGUGGUGUCACUUGACAGGAGAUGUAUUACAACCACCAGGAACUCAUGUUUCUAUUACAAAGAAUAUAGCAAAAACACAGCCUUCCCCUUCCAGAGCAACCCAGCAUUCAAUGCAGUCUCCACAGAAAACUGCUGUAAUAUUACCACCACAGCAGAAUAGGAAGUCAGGUCGGACUAAACCACCUGCACAAACUUCACUCCCCAAGAAGGGAAGUUCUGUUAAAAAUAGUACACCAAGGAAAAAAGGCCCAAACUCUGGAAGAAAGGAAAAACAGCUUCCUGUUGUGUGUUCUACAUCAACAGCUUCUAUGAAGUCUCUGAUCAGAAAGUAUCGCUUUUCAUGUGUUAAGGAUGCUGUUCCUGAGACAUGUAAAAUAGUGAUGUCUACAGUCUGUGUCUAUGUAAACAAACGUGGAAACUGUGGCCCUCACCUGGAUCCAAACAAAAUCCAGCAGCUGCCUAACCACUUUGGCCCGGGCCCUGUGAAUGUGGUGCUCCGGCGGAUUGUGCAGGCCUGUGUGGAUUGUGCCAUUCAAAGUAAGACUGUUUUUGGAUUCCUUAAGCCAGAUGAUCGUGGAGGAGAAGUGAUAACUGCCUUCUUUGAAGGGGAAACUCAUUCCAUUCAGCUCCCACCAGUGAAUAGCGCAUCAUUUGCUCUUCGCUUUCUUGAGAAAUUAUGCCACAGCAUGCAGUGUGAUAACCUUUUAAGUAGCCAGCCUUUUAGCUCUUUCAGACCUAAUACUCACAGUCCUGCAGAGCAUGAUAAAAGUAAAUCAGAAGACGUAACAGAAAAGAAAAGCAUCAAACGAUCUGCUCCAGAACCUCUACCUUAUGUAGUUCCUCUGUCUCCUAAGCUUUCCAAUACAGAGGUGUAUGGUGUUAAAGAAGUACUGUCUUCUGAGGGAAAUGGCAUGCCCAAAGAGGAAAAGCUCCCUGAAGGUUCCAAGAACUCACCUCUAAAUCCUGAAAAUUCUUUGAAUCCUGCCAGCGGAGAUCAUCCUGUAAGCACUCAAACCACAGUCUCCAGGAAUUUUUCUCCAAGUGUGCCAGGCACCUCAAGUUCAGCACUAGUGGGGAGAAAAUCAUCUACCAAGAGCAGUCAACAUAAAGUUAAAUUCCAAAUACAGAGGAAAAGUGAAGCUACAGGUGCACCAGUUAGCGCUGGCUCGGAUAUGCUACAACAAAGCUUAUCUGAUGACCCUGAAUCUUGGUCCGUGGAAGAAGUGAUCCUGUUCCUGAAAAGAAAAGAUCCUCAGAUAUCAGGCCUCCUCGCUGACAGCUUCAGGGAACAUGAAAUUGAUGGGCAGGCUCUGCUACUACUCAAAAGUGAGGUCAUGAUGAAGUAUAUGGGGCUGAAGCUUGGGCCAACAUUAAAGAUAUGUUACUACAUUGAGAAACUUAAAGAAGGAAAAUAAAAUUGAAAAAAAACGUAUAACCUUAGAUUGGACAUAAUUCUUAGUUGUCCUGAUAACUUUAAGUAUCUUUAUUCUCUUAGUUUUUUCGUAGACAGUUCCUCUAAAAAUAUAUUACACCCAGAACUGCAGAACUACAUCACAGUCCAGGCUACUUUAGAAACCAUUUAACAUGUUAGUAAUAGCAUAUCCAAAUUGGCAGUUCUUUAUGUCUUUUUAUUAUAUUACAUUCUAUUGUUUUAUUAUAAAGUUUUCAAGAGUACUUUGUGCUGGAAACAGAAACACCUUUGAUUUUGGUUAAUAUUUAUAUGUAGAAAAAAAACAGCUAAAUCACAAAGGGGAGAGUAUCAGGGACUGACAACUUCUCAAAUGAAAUUCAGGAUAAGUUUUCUUUAGAAGAGAAUUUAAAGAUACAGCUGUAGCAUCUCUUUCUCAAAUAUUUUCUGUCUCUUACAGCAAUGC